AACGAGGAACGACCACUCAUGACGACGACGGCUGUGACGCCACUGGCGGCCUCGCUGGCUAUGGCGCCCGCCACCACGCGCGCAGCCCAGGCCAUCUACGGCGACUUCCACCACAACACCAUCCCCGCCGAGUCAUUUCUGGCCUCAUCGUCGUCGUCGGCAAUCGUCGCAUCCAACUUCCACGCUAUUAAGCUAUCCUCGGAUGCUCAGCUUUGCCCACGCCACCUCGCUCAUCUCUCCUCCCUGUCUUCGAGCAACAACGACAAUGGUGGACCACCCGUACCAGACUGUCCGCUCGGGCGCCGCUGCCCCUUUCGGCACGACGCACCCUCCUCGCUCAACUUCAGCGCCGUGCCCCUACGCGACCCGGGCAAGCGCACCGUCUGCAAGCACUGGCUCCGCGGCCUGUGCAAAAAGGGCGACUCGUGCGACUACCUGCACGAGUACGACCUCCGACGUAUGCCAGAAUGCAGAUUCUUUGCCACCUUUGGCUUCUGCAACUCGGGCGACGAGUGCCUGUACCUGCACGUCGAUCCCAGGGCCAAGAUUCGAGAGUGCGAAGAGUACCGCAGAGGCUUCUGUCCAAAAGGCCCGAAAUGCGAGAAGAAGCAUGUGCGGAGAACGGCGUGCCCGCUCUACAUUGCUGGCUUCUGCCCCAAGGGACCCGAUUGUCGGCUCGGCCACCCAAAGACGAACCCGCCCUCUGCGCAGUCUCGAUCGAGCUCGCCCGUGCAGACGCACAAGCCCUUGACGGCCGAGGAGGCCUUCGGGCCGAGGGAUCGUGGCGACCGGGGAGAUCAGCAGCGAGAGUACGGAGGAGGACCAAUGCGCAACAAUUUCAGACAACCGCGCUUCAACAACGAAGGCGACGCUACCCAGGUCGGAGGGGACCCGUACAGUGUCCCUCGGGGCGAGCGGCCGAUGGGCAACCGUUCAACGAUGGGAGCCGCCGGGGGUGCCGGCGGAGGCAAGAGGGACUUGAGCGAAGUAACGUGCUUCAAGUGCGGCGAUCGGGGUCACUUUGCCAACGCCUGCCCCAACCCGAACAAGCCGGGCAAUCGGGGCGGCGUCGAGAGGGGAUCAGGUGGGAGGGAAAGGGGCGGCGGCGGAGGAGGCGGCUUCUAUCACAAGCAGCAAUACUAGCUGCUCCAAAGUCACCAUACACAUUUGUACUUUUACCAUUUGCGCACUCUUACUGCAAUGCCUUGAA